UGCUGCCGCCGCCAUGGGGGCCCUGACGAGCCGGCAGCACGCGGGCGUCGAGGAGGUGGACAUCCCGUGCAAUUCAGUGUACCGCUACCCGCCCAAGUCCGGAAGUUAUUUUGCCAGCCACUUCAUCAUGGGAGGAGAGAAGUUCGACUCCACGCACCCCGAAGGCUACUUGUUUGGCGAGAACAGUGACCUGAACUUCCUGGGAAACAGGCCAGUGGCGUUCCCCUAUGCUGCGCCCCCUCCCCAAGAACCCGUGAAAACACUGAGAAGCCUCAUCAACAUCCGCAAGGACACGCUGAGGCUCGUCAGGUGUGCAGAAGAGGUAAAGAGCCCCGGAGACGAGGCCAGCAAGCCCAAGGUCCACUACAACGUCGAGUUCACCUUCGACACAGACGCCCGGGUGGCCAUCACCAUCUAUUACCAGGCCACCGAGGAGUUCCAGAGCGGCAUUGCCAGCUACAUCCCCAAAGACAGCAGCCUGCAGUCAGAGACGGUGCACUACAAGCGGGGUGUGUGCCAGCAGUUCUGCCUGCCCUCCCACACUGUGGACCCCUCCGAGUGGGCCGAGGAGGAGCUCGGCUUCGACCUGGACCGCGAGGUUUACCCAUUAGUGGUGCACGCCGUGGUGGAUGAAGGAGAUGAGUACUUUGGCCAUUGCCAUGUAUUGCUGGGUACUUUUGAAAAGCACACAGAUGGAACGUUCUGUGUGAAGCCCCUCAAACAGAAACAAGUGGUAGACGGGGUCAGCUACCUCCUCCAGGAGAUCUAUGGGAUUGAGAACAAGUACAACACUCAGGAUUCCAAGGUGGCCGAGGACGAAGUGAGCGACAACAGUGCCGAGUGCGUGGUGUGCCUGUCGGAUGUCCGGGACACCUUAAUCCUGCCCUGCCGCCACCUCUGCCUGUGCAACACCUGUGCAGACACGCUGCGCUACCAGGCCAACAACUGCCCCAUCUGCCGCCUGCCCUUCCGGGCACUGCUUCAGAUCCGAGCCAUGAGAAAAAAACUGGGCCCCCUGUCCCCAGCCAGCUUCAACCCCAUCAUCUCAGCCCAGACAUCCGACUCGGAAGAGCAUUCGUCCUCCGAGCACAUCCCGCCAGGCUACGAAGUGGUGUCCCUUCUGGAGGCGCUCAACGGGCCCCUCACCCCGUCACCAGCCGUGGCCCCACUGCACGUGCUUGGAGAUGGCCACCUCUCAGGCAUGCUGCCCUCCUAUGGCAGCGAUGGCCACCUGCCCCCUGUCAGGACGCUGGCCCCCCUCGACCGCCUGUCUGACGGCAGCAGUCAAGCCCUCAAGCUCAAGAGGAGUCUGUCCAAAUCCGUCUCCCAGAAUUCCUCUGUGCUGCAUGAGGAGGAAGACGAGCGCUCCUGCAGCGAGUCGGAGACACAGCUCUCGCCAAGACCCUCGGCGCCAUACCUGCGAGAGGAAUGUGGCAUGACCCCAGAAAGUGAGAAUCUCACACUUUCGUCCUCGGGAGCCAUUGACCAGUCGUCCUGCACAGGGACACCGCUCUCUUCCACCAUUUCCUCCCCGGAAGAUCCCGCCAGCAGCAGCCUCGCCCAGUCAGUCAUGUCCAUGGCAUCCUCCCAGAUCAGCACGGAUACGGUCUCCUCCAUGUCCGGCUCCUACAUUGCCCCUGGCACAGAAGAGGAGGGAGAGGCAGCCCCAUCCCCACGGACUGCCAGCAGGGCCCCGUCGGACGAAGGAGAGGGGCUACCAGCAGAGUCUCCAGAGAGCAGCUUUGCCGGCCUCCCAGGAGGAGAGCAAGAUGCAGAGGGAAACGACGUCAUGGAGGAAGAGGACAACUCGCCUGUGCAGGAAGAUGGCCGGAGGACGUGUGCAUUUCUAGGUAUGGAGUGUGACAAUAACAAUGACUGUGACAUCGCCAGCGAGAAAGCACUGGACAAUUCGCUGUGCUCUGAGGUCUGCGUACCCGGCACCUGGCAAGCAGAAGACAACCUUGCCAGUCGGCGGAACCCCCAACGACGGCGCCUGUCAUCCAGCAGCCCAGAGGACCCCGAGGACAGUCCCUGCGUGUGGGGUCCACUGGCCAUCUGAGUGCCCGGCCCCUGCCCCUGGGCUCCCCUCCAUCCUUGCACUCCACCCAUUCUCACUGGCCCCUGGGGCCUCAGCAAGAUGCUUGUAGACUCCUCCUCCUCCUCCUCACACAAGAGCUGAACAGAGUGCUCACUCUGCCUCCCCCUGCUGUGCCGGCUGCAGCCAAGGUCCCUCUGGUUCCCCAAGAGGGAAGCACUCUCCACCUUGAGCUGAGACCCACUGGGUUCCCAGACCCUCUGCGGAGACCUGCCUGACCCUGCAGCGACCGGACCUUGGGGUGCAGCUGAGGGCCACAGCUCAGUGCAGCUACUGCGCAUGUUUCGUCUUUGGCGUGGA